AUGGAGACUUCCGUGCAGGUGGAGACGCAGAAGACGCAUCGCUGCACAUGUCUGGAGAGGGGCCUCUCUUGCUGGCUCAGUCAACUUCGAGCGACGCCCAAGAGCAGCAAGGCGUCACAGUUUCUGAGGACGGGGACGAGGAUCGCGCAGAGUCGUCGCCAGAGCUCAAAAAGACUGUCGGAGCAAGACAACAUCGUGCCUGCGGCCCUCAACCGGGCCAUAAAGAUGAGCGACUAG